AUGCACUCUCCCUCGACGCACAGGCUUUUUGGCCUGGGCGUGAGCCCCGGCUAUAGCUCCCCAAACCGCAAGUCGGCCCCCACACCACUGUCGCCCACACCGCGAGCCCCUUUCGCCGCAGAGACUAGUGUCUCGAAUCCGCCCUCCCCAGCGCCGUACACCACCCCGGGGCGGUUCCGGAUCGCCAACCCUGACCCACCACCCGAGGACGAGGACAUAGGAGUCAACAGCCUACAAGCACAGGCGGCACGCUCAUUCUCUCUCAAGCCCACACACGCCGCCAGGAGUAGCGCUUUCGCGGCCAUCAACUCGACUCUAGCCUCGCACACGCCUCUGUCCCCUGGCGACCCGUUUACGGCACCACUCGGUCCGCUAGACAACAACAAUCCCAAUGUUUCGGAACCUCACGAUAACCCCAGCCCCCAGAAGCUCCUCGUCAAUAGCAACGGUGCUAAGAAUUCGCCUCGCCAGAUCCGGCCUUCUAAGAGCUCAGAGUUCAUGCGCCGCUUCCGCAACAGCAGCGAGGAGCCUCCAAGGAACACUACUCCAUACCAGGCCCUAUCAGACGAUGAGGACGAUGAUGAGCGUCUGCGACUUCCACCAAGCGCUGUGCGCACUACCAACUCUCCUGCCCGCACCUUGCAGCCGCAGAGCCGGUGGUCGGACUCGACGAACUCUGCAAGUGACUUCCCCCUCCCACCCAAUCGGACGCCCGCGUCGUCAGCGGAGAACUCGGGCUCGGCCGAGUCGUUCACCACUGCCAAGAACAGCGGACCCGAUUCCUUCGGAUCGAGCGAUAGCAAAGGCAACAAGGCAGCGCCUCACCGAAGCCAGCCCUGGCCAAUGGCCGCCAAGGCUGGCCCUGCUGCGCCGACAACUUCAGUGACUCUCGGAAAAAACAAGCAUAGUCAGAAUGCGGCUCUCUUCGCGGCGGAGACUGGCGGCAUGGUCGUGCUCGACAAUGCGUCUCGCCUCUACUCGCCAGGUGAUUGCCCCGGCCGGGUCGUUAACCGGAUGCCUGGCUACGCUCGUGUCCCAUCCGCCAGCCGUCAUGUGCACCGCAAGUCGACAGGUGACCUCAACUUCAGACGCGAGCUUGUUCCUGAAGAAUCUCCGCGUCAGCCAGACUUCACGCGUAGUCGCGGGCCUCUGACCCCCCCGCUAUCUGACGAGGGUAUAGAGCUGCGCAGACGCGGACAUGUCCGCGCGAACUCAGAUGGGAUCGCGCUGCUCGCGCGGCAGGGUACACUGUUCCACCCUGCGAGCAGUGACACCCGUGCAUCGCAGGAGCUCGAAGUUAUGCUCGGCAAACCCAAGAGUCGGCGCCUGAGUGCCAACGCGAUUCUGCCUGCGCCAAUGACGCCGAAGAAGAACGAGGUGCGCCUCGAGGCGAGUAAGAAGAGUCGCGCUCGCGUCGAGCUCGAUGUGGUCAUCGAACGCGAGUGCGUUGUUGAGGGCGGUGAGCUGCGUGGACGCCUCGAGGUCGUUGUCAGAGGUGGCAAGCGCGGUAACGGCCUCCGUGUAGGCGCCGGCAAACUACGAGUCAUUGGCUACGAGGAGGUCGUCGAAGGGUCCAAGACGAACCGCCACAUUUUCUACCAGCACCAGUACCUCCUUCCCGAGUUCUUCGAGCACGACUCGUCCCCGACGACACUCUUUGCGUCCGACGUGGACGAGGAGGGCUUCCAUCUCGCGCACGAGGGCACGCACGCACUCCCUUUCAGCAUGCAGCUUCCUCUCGGAGGCGGAGCCAAGGGGUCGUUCACGGGCGAGAAGGAUAAGGGCCCGAACAUCCGCUACGUUGUUGUGGGCAGUGUCAAGCUCCACAUCCCAAAGAGUGGUAAGCGCGCCAUCGCCCACUUCUACCGCCCAAUCGUCCUACUUCCCUACCACAACCCCGCUCGGGCUCUCUCGCCGAGUCGCCAACCCAUUGUCGAGUUUGUCGAGUCCCGCCUCGGCUGGAGCCUCAUGGGCGAGAAGGGUAAAGUGUUCCUCCAGGUCUCACUGGGCCGGCAGACGUGGAUCGCGGGACAGAGAGUGUGGUGCGAAGUCGGUGUGCGCAACAACUCGAACAAGAAGAUCACACGGUGCUCACUGGCCAUUUUGCAGACUGUCAACACCUUCGGAGUGCCCAAGGCCAAGGGCACGCAGGAAUUUCUCAACACGGUCCGUCGCAAGGUGUCAGAAGAGACGAACGAGGCGGACUUUAUGGACGUCGGCAGCGGACACGUAACGUCCAAGAGCUGGUGGACGGGCCUGGAGCCUGGCGAGUCCAACCGCUGGGACAUGAGUGUUCCGAUUCCAACUGGGAUGAUCUCGAUCCCGCGUUCCAAGCUAGUCGAGAUUGCUUACGUGCUCCGCGUGACUCUCAACAACUCGAUUUUCGUUGACGUGCCCCUCGAGCUCAUCAACUUCCUCUCAGUUGACCCGCCCCCCAUGCCCAGCGAUGCGCGCCGUGCCAGGGUUCGCAUGGCAGUUACGGGGCCGGCGGGGACUGUCAGGUCGUGCAUUGCAUCGACACUGCCACCGCCGGCAAUCCAGACUCCUCAGCAGGUCAACGUCGCAGUGCAGACAAUGCCGCCACAGUCUCAACCAGCUAGUCUCCUUCCCCGUCUGCCUGGGGUUCCCGAAGACGGCGGCAUAGGGUACACGUUUGAGCAGCUCAAGGGGGAGCCACAGGGUACCCAACCCAUCGCUCGCAGCUCGUCGACGACGCUGAACAUCGAGGCGCUCGUCGCCCAGGGCCGCGUGCGCUCCGAGGAGUGCGCCAGGUCGGCUGGGCACUCGGACCCGCACUCGGACGGGCACUCUAACCUGUACUCGGCUGGGCUCCUCCAGGUGCCCGGAGACGGGAACACGGACCUCAUGCCGCGUCCAAUCUCACCAGGUUCCAAGUACUCGAGUGUCGGCACUGUCGUCCCAGGUUCGGCCAUGUCCACCAUCCGCGGCCGCAGGGAUUCGUAUGCCUCCAACGCCUGGUCGAUAGACGAGGAGGAGCGCGACCGUCUCGUGAUGGAGGGGUACCGGCGAGACGGGCGCGUCAACGCCCUUGCAGUCAUCGAGCACGAGACCCCCAGCCGUCUCGACACACCGGCUAACGGCGAUGUGCACGACGACAUGAGUGCGCUCAACUCGAACCUUGAGCCACACGAGGUCCACACAUAUCAGCCGGCGGAGGAGCCCACUGGCACAAACUAUGAGUUUGACACCGCAUCUGUGUACUCUACGUCCGACGGCCCCGGCCGCAGUGGCGAACCCACCCCGCACGUCGAGCAGACUGAGACCCUUGUCGACUCUGAAAAUGACCGUACUCCAAUGGCAUCGCCCAUCGGCUCGCCCGUUACUCCUCCACUUGUUCAUCCCAUCGUCAAGUUCCUGCAUCACAUUAGUGAGGAGGAGGAGGAACCGUUGACGGAUGACAUGCUCGACGACAUUGUCAGUCUGGAUGGCGGCGCAGCCCGAGGUUACCUUCAGGACAGCGGGAGCGCGGACGACGAAGAUGACGACGACGACGACGACGACCUCGUCGCUGCAGAGGUCCCAGCAGAGGACGUGACGCCGAGAAGUUCGGCUUUCGGCCGCGCUAGCCUGGGGGAGCGCCUGUCUCUCGCGUGUGGUGGUAGCGCUGUUGUCAAGAAGGCUCAAACGGCUGUCCCGGCGGAGGCCCGCCAGUUCUCGCCACAGCUCAGCAGGAAGGACGGCUUCUCCCCUAUAUCCCCGCAACAGGAGUUUGGGGUGAACCCAGACGGUAUCGACUAUACGGAGCCCCUCGAGAUUGGCAACCUCAGUAUCGCGAGCAAGAUCAGUAUCGGGCAUGAUGACGGAUACGAUGCGACGAGUGAGCAUAGCUCGACUAUCUCACCUUCUGUGCACGGUCACAGGGCGACGCACCCGCUACCUGGUGGGUGGAGCCGGUACCCUGGGCCGUACGCGGAUGCUCCUAUGCUCCCUCCACCGUCGAGUGCGCGCGAAAUCAGCUGGGGUCGCAACCUCGCUGGGCGCACCGUGUCCGGCCAAACAGCAAUGAUCUCGCUAGACGAUUCGCCAGUGAGCCCCAUUUUCGCUACGUUCACCCCCGUCUCGGAAAUGUUCGGCACCCCUGGGCCCUCGCCCCGCUCCGCCACCUUUGGAACGCAGACGUCCUUCCCGGCACCGCGCGCGACUGAGCGAGAAGGCUCCUCCACUCCCAACGGCCGUCAGGCUGCCCUGUUCGCUGCGACGGCGGGUCGGACGCGCGAAGAACUUGCGGACGAGGACCUGCACCCGCCAAACGUGCUAAGUCGCGUCGACACGAGUGGGGGAGACAGCUUCCACACGGCUCAGAGUGAUGGUGAUGACAUGCCCCAGCUCAAGCGUUCGUCGGACACGGACAGCUCGGACGACAACCUUGAGUCGCCGCCCACCAUCAGCCAGCCUGUGUACACGAUGCCACUGCCUGUCCCACCAGGUCCCUCGCCUCACAUGUCGCGCGGAAUCCCAGACCGCUUCCGGCCAAUACCAGCGCCGGUUCCCCCUCCUCCCAUGAGCGAGGAGUCACACGUCUCAAAUGCUUCGAGCUCUCAUGACAGCGGCAUCCUACCUGCUUUCAAGGCUAGAGUCGCGCAAUUCGAGACACGCGAGGACGCCUUGCGUCGCUUUACUGUCGCCAGCAGCGCUGGCCUGCACUCCCCGACAGUCCCGCUGAGUCCUGUGUACUCGAGCUCGGGCUCGUCUGGUUCGCACGGCAAUCGUGGGUACACCUCCUCGGCCUCAGGCCGGCGCUCGUACACCUCUGCACUUGGCUCGCGGGUGGCCCAGGCCUACAGUAGCCCUCGCAGCCAGACGUCGUUCAAUAUCGAGACGCCGCCUACCGCGGCCGGCGAGUUCGUCCUCGCUCAGCACUCGGGUACGUCGAGCAUCUCCUCGGUGCGUCAGGUCUGGCAGAUGCGCGAGCAGGACGACUCUGCAAAGCAGCUUCUGCGCUCGCUGUCGACCGCAUCGCACAGCACUACAGCCACGGACAUUGAGCGCGUCCUCACCCGCUCGCCUGUGAGCACUCCGCGUGGCCCGCGCCCGCCUUUGCACAAAUCGGGCCUCAUUUCGAGUGUUUCGUCCCGCGACAACAGGGACUCUGGGAGCACGCUGAGCAUGGACAUGAGCGAGCUCGGCGCGCCUAUCAUCAACACCAUCUACCGGCACUCGCCAGCACUCACGCCGACGCGCGAGCAGGCCUUCCUUCCCGAGGUCAUGAGUGAAACGGCUUCCAUCGUCGACGUACAGUCGUACGACAGCCACGGACACAGCGAUGAGGGAGUGUCGUCUGGCUCCGAGUUCGGGAAGUCGCACUGGACAGGAUCAGGGCGCCUCCCACAGUUCCGGGCGAGACAGGCUGUGCCGAUGCCCUCGUUUGGCCCGAAUCGACCCAACCAAGGUUUCUAUGGCGUAUAA